GAGCGUCUGCUGACAGGGCUGACUGUCGGCGGCGAACAGCUGAUCGUAAAUCACGAUUCGAGAUGACAGCUGUCUACUCGCGAAACUUUUAAACUUUGCCUUCAGCAGGUGGAUCACUUAUCAGUCUUAUCACCUUUCUUUUGCCAAGUUGUACUGUACAUUUGGAAUAAAUCUAUAUCUAUGGAAUUAACUGAAGAACAUCGAGCGCAUUAGCGACUUCACUCGACUGUGUGCGACUUCUCUUGACAGAUGAGCUGAUGACGUUUUCAAAUACACUCCUUUGACAAACGUCAAAAAGAAAGUUGAGGACCACCCGCAAAAUGUCUAUCAAUAUAGACAUAAAAUUGAAACGUGCGAGCAAGAUAUAUCGCGAAGGGGAGGUGGUUGCCGGUCUGAUACUGUUGAAAACCAACUCGGACGUGAAGCACGAUGGCAUAUUUCUCACCAUGGAAGGCUCGGUGAAUUUGCAGCUUAGCUCCAAGAAUGUCGGUAUCUUCGAGGCGUUUUAUAACUCCGUUAAGCCAAUACAGUUAGUACAAUAUACCCUGGAUGUUGCUCCAUCGGGAAAGAUUCCAAGUGGCAAGACGGAAAUACCAUUUGAAUUGCCAUUAAAGCCAAGGGGAAACAAAUCCCUUUACGAAACGUAUCACGGCGUCUUUGUGAAUAUACAGUACCUGAUACGCUGUGACAUAAAAAGGAGCUUCCUCGCUAAGGAUGUGAGCAAAUCGUUGGAGUUUAUAGUCGAGGACAGGUCAAGCGCCAAGGUGGAGAAGGAUCACAGUAAGAUCGUGUUCUUCAAAAUAAUGCCGGAGUCUCUGCAAAAUACUCGGGACCGACCCAACGUACCGAGGUUUUGCAUCUCGGGAAGAUUAGAUUCCCUAUACUGCAAACUCUCCGAACCUCUGACAGGAGAAGUAGUGAUCGAACAGUGCGACGCCAUUAUAAAGUCUAUAGAGUUACAAUUGGUGAGAGUAGAAACUUGCGGAUGUGCGGAGGGAUAUUCUAGAGACGCGACGGAGAUACAAAACAUACAAAUUGGGGAAGGUAAUGCUUGCACAAAUCUCGCUAUUCCAAUUUAUAUGAUAUUUCCGAGAUUAUUUACGUGUCCUACGUUGAGCACGAGCAACUUCAAAGUUGAAUUCGAGGUAAACCUUAUCGUUGUGUUUGAAGACGAUUAUUUAGUCACCGAGAAUUUUCCUAUCAUAUUAUCGCGAUAUUGAAAGUUGUAGAAAUAAAAAUAUUGUGUAAAAUAGUGUGUCCAUAUAUAUAUAUAAAUUUUUGCCAUAUAAAAUAUAUAUUUAAUUGCCACAUAUGUAUUUCAAAAAUGUAUAUAAAAGAUAAUGUUUUUUACACAUACGCACCAGUGGACGAGUUCGUUAUAACCGAAGGCUUGACAUAAAAAGGCUGUAAAUGCCAAAAAUACAAAUCACAGAAAAGUUGUUUAAACAAAAUUUUUUUCUUGUAUACAUUUUUUAAAGCACUUGUAGUUUUUUUACGCUAUUUAUGUUGGCACAUGGAGCCUAUUUUUUAUGAAAAUGUGGCAUUUGGCAACCCUCUUCUUUUAUGUCAAGAUUUCAACUUAUAGCAAUAUCAAAUUUCCAUAAAUUUUCAUUCUUACUCUUCUCUUAUUCAAAUCCUGCCUUCUGAAUAAAUAAUCUAUAAUAUUU